AUGAGGCGUUUCUACGCUUUUGCAGCUGUCGCCGCACAGCUGGUCGACAUCGGGUUCGCUCAAACAGCCUGCACGGUGACGUUAACUCCAUCUUCCACCCCAGUUGCAGCAGACGGUUACAAUGUGAGGGUAAUCGCGCAGGGCCUCCGACGGCCCCGAUCGCUCCAGUUUGAUCGCGAGGGCAACCUACUUGUCGUGCAGUCGUCUGCCGGGAUUUGGAACUUUCGCCUCAGAGAUCACGGCGGCACUUGCUUGGAGGUUGAAGACGGAGUCGACUUGAUAGAUGAUUCUGUGAAGACGCGCUUGAAUCAUGGGAUAGCUUUGUCCCCAGACGAAGGGAAGCUUUAUGCAUCUGACCGCGGAACGGUGUAUGCUUGGGACUACGAUGCGGUUGCAAGGAGAGUUGCUUCGAGUGAGCCGGAGGUGAUCAUAAGGGGGCUGGAUAACUCUGGUCACUCGACGCGAACCUUGCAUUAUUCGUCGGGUUUGGGUGAUUAUCUAGUGGUGGUUAGGGGUAGUGCAGGAAACAUUGACCUUGAGUGUGGAGAUAUUUCCACUGGGCACUGCCAAAUGAAAGCCUUUGACAUGCAGCAAAUACCCAGGGGAGGCUACAAUUUCACGGCUGAUGGAAUUCGGCUCGGCUGGGGAAUGAGGAAUUCUGUGGGCAUUGCGGAACAUCCUGGAACACAUGGUAUCUGGACGGUCGAGAACACCAUCGAUAACAUCAUGCGUCAAGGGGUUGAUAUACAUGAUGAUAACCCUGGGGAAGAACUGAACUUCCACGGAACAGUCAAUUCCACCACAGGCCUGAAUUAUGGCUAUCCUUAUUGCAGUGCUGCUUGGGAUGUCGAGUCUAUUCCGAAUAACACCAACUUCGAAGUCGGCACCGAGUUUGCGCUUGAUAUCGAAGACGGUGGCAGAACAGACGAUUAUUGCGCUGGGAUUCAAGCACCAAGAUUGACCUUUGAGGGCCACACCGCUCCCUUGGAUAUCAAGUUCAAUGGAUCAUCGGAAGCGUUCAUUUCCUUCCAUGGAAGCUGGAACCGCGAUGACCCCAUUGGCUACAGGAUUGCAAGAGUUCCGUUUGAGGACGGAGAGCCAAUGGCUUCCCGAACCGAUAGGCAGGCUGCAAUCAGUGUAGUCACAAAUGAGGACAUCAGCAGAUGCCCUGGUGACUGUUUUAGGCCUGUCGGUAUGGCCUUUGAUCGAGUAGGGCGGCUUUUUUUCGUCUCCGACUCCACAGGAGAAAUAUAUGUCGUCGAAAAAGCACAAGGAUCAGGCCCCGAUGCACCACCUGAUGCGCCACCGAACUCACCACCUGGGGAAGGCAAGGCUGCCUCUAUCAAGGUUGGUAUUUUGAAUUUGGUAUCGGCUGCCUUGCUUUUGUGGUAUGUGAUUUAA